AUGGGAAAGCAACUGGUUGUGCUUGAAAGCGAUGUUAAGAAGAACGUUAGUGUGACCCUGACUGCACACGUUGUCAUUUCCAUGCACCACGUGAUGGAGUCAUUGAAAAGUGGUUUUCUGCGAGCAAAAGCAGCAACAGCUCGCACACUGGCGACCCGUUUCCUGGAAAAUGUUUUGCCCAGUUUGUGGUGUCCCAAGCCGAAUGACAUCAAGUCAGAGUUCAACAGACCCUUCAUCCAGGCCAAGAAAGAGAACAGAUGGGACGCAUUGAGUGUGGAGGCAACUUCCUACGCACUCAUGGUGUAUUUGCAGAGAGAAGGCAUCAGCUUUUUCCAGGGCAAAAUUGUCUGCUGGCUCAACUCCAUGCGGAUGAAGACUGGGGGUUUCAUCUCCAUAUUUGACACCAUCAUUGCAUUGGAAGCAUUGACAGACUAUUCUUUUCGGGCUCGACUGAGGGAUAUCACAGAGAUGACUGUGACCCUGGAAGCAACUGGAACCCCUGGCUGGCAGAAAGGACAAGCCAUUGUGCAGCUGGACUAUGCUUACGGAGUCGACUAUGACGCAUUGAAGGAAAAGUCUCCAGUUAGAGUGUUUGACUUGGAUGUGAAAGAAACCUAUCGAACAUUCAGGAACAAGUCCAUCAUUGACGUGGAAUUGUGCCCCAAAUACACGCCAAUCAAAGAGAUGAUUGAUGAGGAUCGAGAAUUCAGCGGAUCUGUGACAAUUGAGGUGGAGAAUCCCUCAGGAUAUGAAAUAACUCAGCGUGAAGCUGUGAUCAAUGUUUUGAGGAGGAGAACGAAGCCAAUGAAUUUGAUUGAUGUUAAAGUCACCCGGUCUUCCGUUUACUGACCCCGCGAGAUUUUUCGGCCUACGGGAUUAUCGGCCUGGCGGGAUUUUUUGGCCGCGGGAUUUUUUCUCCCACGGGAUUUUCUCCUGCACCCGUUUUAUCCGACACUGUUGUACGCAUUGGACAUUUGUGCGGUGUGUGGAUCGUACCAGUGUCGGUAUUGUCCCAUUUACAGUGGGGCCAUGGCCAGCAUCAGCUGUCCUUUAUUCUUGUUCUUGGGCUGCUGCUCAACAACCAUCAUUGGACUAACUUACGUUGUUUUUGGUAAGAUGCAAUUCUUUGCCAACUUUGGGUGGAAGAGUCUGUGGCUCGAAUAG